CCCCGCAGGCCUCGGGGUGGGGCCUCGGGGGACUGGCGUAAAUGAGGAGGAAAGGCCCGCCCCUCGCACACCGCUCUCUGCCGCUGGUGCCAUUGCUGUCGCCACCACUUUUGCCCUAGGAAAGUCAUGUUACCCAACACCGGGAAGCUAGCAGGAUGUACAGUUUUUAUCACAGGUGCCAGCCGUGGCAUUGGCAAAGCUAUUGCGUUGAAAGCAGCAAAGGAUGGAGCAAACAUUGUCAUUGCUGCGAAGACCACCCAAGCACACCCCAAACUCCCAGGCACAAUCUAUACUGCUGCUGAAGAAAUCGAAGCAGCUGGAGGAAAGGCCUUGCCAUGUGCUGUUGAUGUGAGAGAUGAACAGCAAAUCAAUAAUGCUGUGGAGAAAGCAGUGGAGCAAUUUGGAGGAAUUGAUAUUUUGGUGAAUAAUGCCAGUGCCAUUAGCUUGACCAACACAUUGGAAACGCCUAUGAAGAGAGUGGAUUUGAUGAUGAAUGUCAACACCAGAGGCACCUAUCUGACAUCUAAAGCAUGUAUUCCUUAUUUGAAAAAGAGUAAAAUUGCCCAUAUCCUCAAUCUCAGUCCACCACUGAACCUAAAUCCAUUGUGGUUCAAACAGCACUGUGCUUACACCAUUGCUAAGUAUGGUAUGUCUAUGUGUGUGCUUGGAAUGGCAGAAGAAUUUAAGGGUGAAAUUGCAGUCAAUGCAUUAUGGCCUAAAACAGCCAUCCACACCGCUGCUAUGGACAUGCUGGGAGGAUCCGGUAUUGAAAGCCAGUGUAGAAAAGUUGAUAUUAUUGCAGAUGCUGCCUAUUCCAUUUUUAAAAAGCCAAAAAGUUUUACAGGAAACUUUAUUAUUGAUGAAAACAUCUUAAGAGAAGAAGGAGUAAAAAAUUUUGAUGUCUAUGCAAUUAAACCAGGCCAUCCUUUGUUACCAGAUUUCUUCUUAGAUGAACACCCAGAUACAAUUAUCAAGAAAGUGGAAUCACGUGGUGCUGUUCCGGAACUCAAAGAAGAGAAACCACAGCCACCACCAAAACCACGUUCUGGAGCUGUGGAAGAAACAUUUAGAAUUGUUAAGGACUCUCUCACUGAUGACAUCGUUAAAGCCACUCAAGCAAUCUAUCAGUUUGAACUCUCAGGUGAAGAUGGUGGAACGUGGUUUCUUGAUCUUAAAAGCAAAGGUGGGAACGUUGGAUAUGGAGAGCCCUCUCAUCAGGCAGAUGUGGUGAUGAGUAUGUCUACUGAUGAUUUUGUAAAAAUGUUUUCAGGGAAACUAAAACCAACAAUGGCAUUCAUGUCAGGGAAAUUGAAGAUUAAAGGAAACAUGGCCCUAGCAAUCAAAUUGGAGAAGUUAAUGAAUCAGAUGAAUGCCAGGCUGUGAAGGAAAAGGGAAAAAAAUUGUCGACUGCCAAGCUUAAAAAGUAAAAGGGCUCAACAGUUAAAAAUCUGUCUGUUUUCUUCUCUGUCAUGUUAUAAGGAUAUGCAUGUUUGUUCUGGAAAAAAUAGAAUUUCUGUAUCUAUAAGACUUGAAAUUGUAAUUAAAACAGCUAGCUAACAUAAGUUUCAUUACAUGGAAUUCUAAGACAGUCUGCCUUUUGUAUUUAGUGAGUUUUGCCCUCUGAGCUCUAUAUUUCAUUCACUAUUUUCUAGGAAAGUUAUUAUGAGCAACUAAUCAGGUCCCAGCAGUAAAAUUAGCUCUUUUCAACACUUUUUCCCUUAUAAAAGGAGACUAAUCUCUUUUAAACUUUUCAGUUUUGGAUUGUAUACUAAUGGAAUCUGAAUGAUAUUUUAGAUUUUUAUAUACUUUUUUGAAGAAGAUCAUCUACAGUGCAUUUUCACAGAAAUCACAUAAACUACUUAAUAAUACUAUUUGUGAAGACUAAUGAAACAAAAAGUUUUUCAUUUUAACUAGAUUUCUAGGUAUGUUACCUAUAGUAAAAUAUUAUUAAUGUAAUUCAAGUAAUUAUAGUAUGUAUUUUCUUUUUAAAGUAGGUAAUAAUGUCCUAAAAUAAAAUAAUUUCUCCCCAGAAGUAUGCGUUUGGUCACAGCAUUUUACAGUGAACAUUAGGGAUGCCUUGCUGACUCAGUCUGAGGAGCACGUGACUCUUGAUCUUGGGAUCAUGAGUUCGAACCCCACAUUGGGUGUAGAAAUUACUUAAAAAUAAAUAAAAGCUUUUAAAAUGAGAA